AGUCACCAAAGACAUGUUUGCAGAUGAGACAAUCAUUCACAGGCUUCCUAAAGUAGAGACUGAAUGGCUAAUCUGCUGUCACUCGCAUUUUCUCACAUGAUCACAUUGCACAUAUUUUAGGGCUCAGUGACCUAUGAAGAUGUAACUGUGAUAUUCCCUCAAGAGGAGUGGGCACUAUUAAAUUCUUCAGAGAAGAAACUCUACAGAGAUGUGAUGUGUGAAAAUUUGAGGAACUUACUUUCAAUAGAAAAGAUACAAGAACAUUCCACCAAAGGGCAGCAUAUCUUGCAUGGCAGUAAACAAAGUAAUACAACAGUAAAAAUCUCUGAGGGCAAAGAUAAUGAGAAUGCUGGGAUAUCUCAAGAAUGUGAAGUAUACAGAAAAUUAUUCACUUAUCCUAUUCAUCUUCAAAAACACAUAGGAAUUCACAGUGGAGAGAAACCCUAUGAAUAUAAACAAUGUAAUGGAACAUUCAAGAGACCCAGUCAUCUUUGGAAACAAGAAAAAACUGACAGUGGAGAGAAACCCUAUGAGUGUAAACAAUGUAAUAAAACAUUAAGUGAUUCCAGUAGUCUUCAGAGACGUGAAAGAAUUCAUAGUGGAGAGAUACCCUAUGAAUGUAAACAGCGUAGUAAAACAUUCAGUGAUUCCAGUCGUCGUCAGAGACAUGAAAGAAUUCACAGUGGAGAGAAACCCUAUGAAUGUAAACAAUGUAGUAAAACAUUCAGUUCUUCCGGUAGUCUUCGGGCACAUGAAAGAAUUCACAGUGGAGAGAAACGCUAUGAAUGUAAACUGUGUAGUAAAACAUUGAGUUGUUCCAGUAGUCUUUGGGCACAUGAAAGAAUUCACAGUGGAGAGAAACCCUAUGAAUGUAAACAAUGUAGUAAAACAUUCGGGCAUUCGAGUCAUCUUCGGAGACAUGAACGAAUUCACAGUGGAGAGAAACCCUAUGAAUGUAACCAAUGUAGUAAAACAUUCAGUUCUUCCAGUAGUCUUCAGGCACAUGAAAGAAUUCACAGUGGAGUGAAACCCUAUGAAUGUAACCAAUGUAGUAAAACAUUCAGGCAAUCCAGUAAUCUUCGGGCACAUGAAAGAAUUCACAGCGGAGAGAAACCCUAUGAAUGCAAACUGUGUAGUAAAACAUUCAGUUAUGCCAGUAGUCUUUGGGCACAUGAAAAAACUCACAGUGCAGAGAAACCCUAUGAAUGCAAACUGUGUAGUAAAACAUUCAAUGAUUGCAGCAGUCUUCAGAGACAUGAAAGAAUUCACAGUGGAGAGAUACCCUAUGAAUGUAAACUGUGUAGUAAAACAUUCAGUGAUUCCAGUCGUCAUCAGAGACAUGAAAGAAUUCACAGUGGAGAGAAACCCUAUGAAUGUAAACAAUGUAGUAAAGCAUUCAGUUAUUCCAGUAGUCUUCGGGCACAUGAAAGAAUUCACAGUGGAGAGAAACCCUAUGAAUGUAAACAAUGUAGUAAAACAUUCAGUUAUGCCAGUUAUCUUUGGGCACAUGAAAGAACUCACAGUGGAGAGAAACCCUAUGAAUGCAAACAGUGUAGUAAAACAUUCAGUGAUUGCAGUAAUCUUCGGAGACAUGAAAGAAUUCACAGUGGAGAGAAACCCUAUGAAUGUAAACUGUGUAGUAAAACAUUCAGUUGUUCCAGUAGUCUUUGGGCACAUGAAAGAAUUCACAGUGGAGAGAAACCCUAUGAAUGUAAACAAUGUAGUAAAACAUUCGGGCAUUCGAGUCAUCUUCGGAGACAUGAACGAAUUCACAGUGGAGAGAAACCCUAUGAAUGUAACCAAUGUAGUAAAACAUUCAGUUCUUCCAGUAGUCUUCGGGCACAUGAAAGAAUUCACAGUGGAGAGAAACCCUAUGAAUGUAACCAAUGUAGUAAAACAUUCAGGCAAUCCAGUAAUCUUCGGGCACAUGAAAGAAUUCACAGUGGAGAGAAACCCUAUGAAUGCACACUGUGUAGUAAAACAUUCAGUUAUGCCAGUAGUCUUUGGGCACAUGAAAGAACUCAGUGCAGAGAAACCCUAUGAAUGCAAACUGUAGUAAAACAUUCAGUGAUUGCAGCAGUCUUCAGAGACAUGAAAGAAUUCACAGUGGAGAGAUACCCUAUGAAUGUAAACUGUGUAGUAAAAUACAGUUAUGCCAGUAAUCUUUGGGCACAUGAAAGAAUUCACAGUGGAGAGAAGCCCUAUGAAUGUAAACAAUGUAGUAAAACAUUCGGGCAUUCCAGUCAUCUUUGGAGACAUGAAAGAAUUCACAGGGGAGAGAAGCCCUAUGAAUAUAAACAAUGUAGUAAAACAUUCCAGCAGUCUGGUGGUCUUCAGAGAUAUGAAAGAAUUCACAGUGAAGAGAAACCCUAUGAAUGCAAACAGUAGUAAAGCAUUCAGUGAUUCCAGUCGUCGAAGACAUGAAAGAAUUCAUAGUGGAAAGAAACUCUAUGAAUGUAAACAAUGUAAUAAAACAGUGAUUCCGGUACUCUUCGGGCACAAGAAAGAAUUCACAGUUGAGAGAAA